UCGUAGGCCUUAUAAGACCGUCUAAUUAUGCGCGAAUUAUUGAUUGACUAUCUUUUAUCAUUAACGUAUGUUUGUUUCGCUGUACUGUUAACUUUUAUUAUAUGCUAUUUAAUUUCUAUUACAAUUAAUCAAAUGUUUCAGACUCAGUAAAUGAAUCAAAUAUUUUGGAAAGAGGAGGUGAUUAAACAAUGUGUUAAAGAGAGCAAUCUGAUCCAAAAUUAUGACAAAGUUUUCAAGCCCUCCUAUGAUGCAAUCAUUAAUUUACAUAGUAUUACCAUUUGACGAGUUCUACACCGACAGUCGCGCCAAUUUGUAUAUAAAUGUGCUGCGAGCGCAAUAAAUUUAUAAGAUGAGUGGUAUAAAGAAAAAACAUACUUAUCUUAUUGAAUGUCCAUAAUUUUUUCAAAAAGAUAUCUAUAUAAUAAGUAAUGAACACAAGGACACGAAAAUUUUUUUAUCAAGCAAUUCAUUUAAAAUUUAAUAUGGCGCCAUUGCUAAUUAUGUAGUUUAUGAUUAAGGAAGUGAACUGAAUGGAAAAAUAUAUGAUAAAAAUUAUACGCCAUUUUCUAACUUAUACCUUGGAGAUGGGGAAUUUAAACAAUUUUUAAUUAAAAAUGUAUCAACUGUUAAGGAAACUUAUAUUCCUUCUAUUUGUGGUUUCAAUGGAUAUGUCCAAACAGUUUUGGCUAUGUAUUUUAGAAAUAUGACAAUACCUAAAAUUAAUUACAAAAGAGACAUCCUGACUCUCAAAGAUGGCGGACAAGUAGCAGUAGAUUGGAAAAAUCCAAAAGAUGAAAAUAAUGAACAAAAUACAAUAGUAACUGCACUUAUUUUAUGUGGAAUAACAGGUAAUAGCCAAACCGAAUAUGUUAGAGAAACUGUAAACGAACUUUGGCGUUUUGGUUACCGUCCGGUUGUAUUCAAUUAUAGAGGUCGAGGAGGUAUAAAGCUUAAAACACGUCGUGUAUACUCCGCUAUCGACACUGAAGAUCUCAUUGAAGUGCUCGAGCAUAUUAAAUCAAAAUGGCCAAACAGUCCAAUUAUUGGCAUUGGAUUCUCGAUGGGAGGAAUUUUAUUGGGUACGUUUUUAACAUCACAAAAACAAACUGAAAAUCAAUAUUUUAUAACAGGUAUUUUAAUAUCUGUACCAUGGAAUAUCCUUAAAGCUAAUUUGUACAUUGAAGAUUCAUGGUUUAUGCGUAAAAUGGGAAAACAUUUAUCGUUUCAUCUUCGUAAUGUUGUAACUGAAAACAAAGAUAUCAUUUUUGAAGAAAAUAAUGACUUAGAAUUGAGUUAUAAGAAAAUUAGUCAGUGUAGUUCAAUAAGACAAUUCGAUACUGAGUUCACAGUAAAGAUUUUUAAUUACUCAGAUGUUUUUGAUUACUAUAAAGACGCUUCACUCUACAAUAAAUUACACUUAAUUAAAGUUCCUUGUCUUUGUCUAAGUGCAGCUGAUGAUCCUUUUUCAUAUAUGCCAGAUAUACCUACCCAAAAAGCAAGUCAACUUAACAAUGUAGCUAUUUUGGUAACUUCAGGAGGGGGCCACGUUGGAUACUUAGAUACGUUUUGGCCAUUUCGUAACAAUAAUUUUAUGUUGAAAUUAAUUUUACAAUACAUUAAUUCUAUAACUAUAAAUAUUAGUUAUAAUAUGUUUAAUAAACAAAUUUAGAUUCAUUAUACAAAUUGUCAAGAAAACAAUUUUCUAGGUAAUUGUGUUAAAUUUGUUACUAUGGUUCAUUAAUAGCAUUACAAUUUUAUUAGAAACUAUAUUAAAGCAACAAAUCGGAUGAUUAAAAGCUUUUUCCUAAUGACUGUCACUGAAAAAAAUGGUUCUUAUUAUUAGAUAUAUAAAACUAUUCCUAAUCAUUAAUUUGAUUUUUUUAUUAAUACCCAUUCAGGCGUUCCAAAAUCUUUUUUUAAUGUAUUGCUUUCUUAUGUCAUUGAAUUAAUAAUUCAAGAAUUACCUAGCCAUGAGGUAUAGUUUAAGUUUGAACAAUUUUAAUAAAUUUGAGUUGAAACCUUAAUGAAAUUUUUAAGGUUCAAAUAAAAAUAGAAUAAUUUAACGAAAAUUUAAUUUGUAUUUGAAUUUAAAGAGGGACAGUGUGUCCAGAUUCAGCAAUGCCUAGAGCACAUUGUCAAAGGUCCGAAAUCCCAUCAUGGGCGAUUCCGUUUAUUGAACAAGAGGUCAUCUCAGUAAUUGGAGUCGCCAUUCCUUUCUCCGGCGACAGACUAUUCAUCCGUCUCAGAGUAUAUAAUAUUAAGUUACAACUUCUUUGGAUAGGUUAAAAGCCCUUAAUAAACUAUAAAAACAUUGAAUUUUUAAUUUUAAUAUUGAGUUAAAGUAUAAAAGACAUUAUUGAAAUAUAUAUUUAUAUUAUCUUAUAUCACGAAAUAAAUAAUAUAAUUGAUGCGCUUAAUUACUUUACUUCUACUAAAACUUGUCGGAAUUUUUAAAUAAUUAUUAUACAGUUUAUAAAUUAAAUUACUUUAUUUUUUUUUUACUAUCUUUUAAAGCUCAAUUAAUCUUUGUUAUAAAUAAUAAUUAUACC